UGUGGCAGAGGGGAGGGCGAGAAGCGGGAUGAGGAUGGUGAGUUUGGCAGCAGGAGACGGUCCGAGACAGAGGAUGAGGAGGUGACCACCCCAACGAAAAUCAAGGAGCUAAAGCCGGAGCACGAAACAACCCCCAGGCACAAGCAGGAGUUUUUAGACAAGCCAGAAGAUGUUUUGCUGAAGCAUCAGGCCAGCAUCAAUGAACUGAAACGGACCCUGAAGGAGCCUAACAGCAAGCUGGUUCACAGGGACCGGGACAGGAGGCUGCCUUCCUCGCCAGCCUCUUCCUCACCCAGGCAUGAAGAUGAAACACCAAAGGGAACCCCAGAAAAGGCCAGCGAGACGAUGGAAGAGGACACCCUAGACGAUCUUGCAUCUGAGCAUGGAGCUUCCCUAAGCAUGGAGUCUUUCACGCAGAAAAGCCUUGUCUCCUCUCCUGAGGGCUCGGAGCAUUGGGUAUUUAUAGAGAGAGAAACUCCUAGGCUGGAAGCAGUAGCUCUAAAGAAAGCUCUGGGAGUCAAGAAAGAAGAAACACAUGCAGGUACUUCAGAGGUGAAAAUGAGUGAGAGCAUAUCGAAAGUGGAGAUGGCAGUAGGGAAAGCCAAGGAAAUGGCAGGCCAGGAAGAGCCAGCAGAUGCAGCCCUGGAUACCCGGACAAGAGCAAAAAUGAUUGCUAGUCCAGAGGAUUUUGAGUCUGUCUGGGAGGAUGAGAUCUAUGAAAAGGAAACCAGCGGGGAGCCCAGACAGGAGGCAGAGCGCCUGCCAGCUGUGAGCACAGAGGAGGAGCCCCAAGAACAGAGCGAGGAAGCAACCACCAGUGAGCCAGGUCUGCCCAAACCAUGUCAGCAGCCUGAGGAGAGGCAAAGGGCAAAUAAUUUGGGGCCAGAGCCUCCCCAGGGAGAAAGUGAGGUGAUCUCCAAGCAGUGUUCUUCUGCAGCCUCCAGGAAGCAGGAGGCCAGAGUGCCAGCCACAGGCACAGAGCUCGUUAAAAUUAAAGUGAAGGCUAGUGAUGACAGCUCAGAGACUUCUGCAACCCAGAGGAUCAUCUACUUAGGAGAUCCAGAGGGAGAGGAGAAGGAUAGUAAAGCACACCUGCUUUUGGAGACUAGUGGAUGGCUUGGCUUGGAGGAGAGACCAGAAGCCCCUGUGAACGUGUCCAGGGAGGGAUCUGGGCAUGCGGCACCUGCGGCAGAAGGGUUCCAACCCUCUUCCUCAGCCAGUCAGCAACACAGGGCAGUGUCUGGAAAACCUGCUGAAGCACCAGAGCAGCCCGGGACAGGAUGUCCCACCUCAGGGUGGGAGGAAGGGCUGUCCCUACACCAAGAGAAAGCAUCUGCUCAUCUGACAGGCUGUGAAGCACUCAAGGGAGGCAAAGCCCUGCCGUGGUCCCAAGAGGUGGGACCAGAGGAGGUGGAUCUGCAAAGCCCAAUGGGAGGUUUGAAGCCAUGUGGCCUGGCAGGGGAUGGCCACAAGGCUGAGGAGCACAGAGGGAGCCCAGUGCAGAGCCUGGACUUCAGCACAGCAGCAUUGGGGCUCUCGGGAAGAAUUGGAGCAGGUGGUGACAAGGAGGAAAGUGCCAAAGAGAUUCUUCAGAUGGAAGAGAUAGAGACCAAGUCACCUCCAUCAGCUGUGCCUCAGCAGGGCCACCCUCACGCCACUGCAGGGUUGGAAGGGGAUAAACCCAGCAUUCCCACCCCUGUGUCCUUUCCCCAGCAGUCCAGCCCUGACCCUGCAGAGCUAGCCCCAGGUGCUGAGCCUGAGGGUAGAGACCUGUCUCGGGGCACCAGCCCUGUAAGAGAUGUGGGCAUACCCAAAGAUGUGAACCCCUCCGUGGAGGUGGCACGCAAGGACGCAAGCCCUGUAGUCAGCCAAGGAGCACCCAAGGACAUCAGCCCUGUAGCAGAAGUGACAAUACCCAGAGGUACCAAUCCUGAGUCUGAAGAACAGCCCCAAGACAUGGGCUUUGCUGCAUGGAAACUACACCAAGGUGCAAGUCCUGUUGCAGGAGGACCACCCCAAAACUCAGAUGCUGCAGCAGAGCUGAUCCAGGUCAGAGACUCAGCCACAGGGGAGGUGGCCCAGGACAUGGACCCUGUCACAGUGAGGGCAACCCAGAGGAAAGUUCCUGCCACAGAAGAGCCGCUCCAGGAGGAGAAGCCCAUGAUAAAAGAGCUCUCCCAGGACAUAGGGCCCACAUCAGGGAAGCUGACCAGAGUUGAAGGCUGUGGGAUGGAAGAACUGUCCCCUGAGAAAAGCCUUUGCUUGGAAGAGCUGCCUCCCAAGGCAGAAGAAUCAGAGGAACAGACUGAGGCCAUAAUAAGAGACCUGCCCCAAGAGGGUUCUGUGGCUAGAGGGCUGCUCCACACUGCAGAUCUCAAAGGACAAGAGCCAUCCUGGGACUUAGAGUUUAAUGUGGGACAAGAUCUGCAGGGCAGGAGCCCUACAGUAGGAGAAACCACCAGGGACAGUGACCGUGUUCUGGGGCAUCCUUCGCAGGAUAAGUCUCCUCCCAAAGAAGCUGCUGAUGUCCCACACUCCCACACCCCUGUAGCAGGUUUGUGUCAAGGAAGCAAGACAUACCGACUCUCUACCUUGAUCUGUGAAGGUGGGGGAGAGCUGAAUGUGAGCAGUGGGGCACAUCAAACAGAGUCUGGGUUGUUGAUGUGUGUGGCUGGGAGGACAGGACCAGUAUCAGAGGAGCAUGGAGAUGUCACUGUGGCCCCAGGUAGCUGGCAGGACAGCGAGAGCUACAGGAAAACCUCAGUAGCCUCUAAGAUUAAGAUGUUCGAGCAAAGCGAAGCGGAGAGAAGGGCAGCCCAGGAGGUACAAGAGCAUGUGCCUGAAGCUGAGACAUCAGCAAAAGCAAGGGGGAAGAUGGGUCUGGCACAAGAUAUGGUUUUGAACACAGGCCUUGCCUCAGCACCUGCAGCACCAGUCAUUCCGGUGGGACCUGCAUCCAGUGUGGGCUCCUUGGCCCUUGGGCAAGGGGCUGGUUUGGGAGACGCCUCCCAGCCUCUCUCUCUGAAGGAAGAUGUUUCUGUUGACCCGGAGCACGAAGGAGAAGACAGUGCUGACCUGGCCUCCCCUGACUCUGGCUGCGAACUCACACUGGCAGAAGCCGUGAGCAAAUCUCAGGAACCAGGUGGGGAAGAAAAGGAUUUAUCUCACCCGUCAAUAAAAUCCAGCCUGAAAGAAGAGAAUUUAAAGACUGCUGUUCCAGUGGUCUUCCAGAGAGCGGGCUUGAGGGAGGGCGCUGAGGAGAAAGCUAAGCCACCUCGGCACAGAGCUCCUGAGAGUGACACUGGUGACGAGGAGCAGGACCAGGAGAAGGACUCGGUCUUUCUGAAGGACAACCACCUGGCCAUCGAGCGCAAGUGCUCCAGCAUCACGGUCAGCUCAACCUCCAGCCUGGAAGCAGAGGUGGACUUCACAGUUAUUGGUGACUUCCAUGGCACAGCCUUUGAGGACAUCUCCCGGAGCCUGCCUGAGCUGGACAAGGACAAAAGUGAAACAGAAGACGAAGGCCUGGUUUCCUUCCAGCACACUGACAAAGUAAUUCCUGGACUGGAAGAGGAUGUCAAAGGCGGGGAGAAGGGCUCCCAACCCAGCCCAGAUGUCUCCCAUCUAGAGUCAUCAGCACCAAAAAUGGAUGCUGUGACCGUCAGCCUGGGCCCAGGCAUGAAGAAGCCUGAAGCAGAUGGCUCUGCUCCCCACCAGGUGGAAGGAGGCACCCCGGGCAGCAGGGACACCACAGCCACUGCUCAUGCUGGCACCGCAGAGACUGCACUGGCGACCUCAGACCACAGCACCAAGGCUGGGAAAGGGGCUGUUCCCACGACAGACCUUCGCUCCCUCUCGCCGAUCACCAGCGGCUCCGCAGGGAAGGAAGUGCUCACCAGCAUAUUCAGUGCCACUGCGGAAACCCUCUCCACUUCUACCACUACCCACGUUACCAAGACUGUGAAAGGAGGGUUUUCCGAGACCCGAAUAGAGAAGCGCAUCAUCAUCACAGGAGAUGAGGAUGUGGACCAGGACCAGGCACUGGCUUUAGCAAUCAAAGAAGCAAAACUACAACAUCCCGACAUGCUGGUAACCAAAGCUGUGGUAUACAGAGAAACAGAACCUUCUCCAGAGGAAAGGGACAAGAAACCUCAGGAAUCUUGACCAACAUAUUCAUUGAAGUUGGCAUCUGUAUUCAAACCUGGAGAACAGCGGGAGAAGGAGCCUUCAUGCUGGAUUUGUCAGCAAGACAUAGACAUCCUGGCUGAAAUGUUCUUGGCAAGAGACAAAAAUUUUUAAAAAGGAAUAGCAAAUAUAUUAUAUAUAUAUAUACAUACAUAUAUAUAUAUAUAUAUAUAUAUAAAAAACAGGAAACAAAAUGCAUCCUUGCACUGCUGCUAUAUGCUGGAAAUGAAUAGCAAACACCACCACCAACAAACAAAGCCAACCCUCUGCAGAAAAAUAGAAGAAUUUACAGGAUUGGUGAUAAAAUAAGGUUAAAAAAAAUAACAACAAUAAUAUUGUUAACAACACAAUAAGCCACCAUCUUGCAUGUUACAUUAAAGAAUACACAAUCAUGAGUUCAUUUGUUGCACACUGAAUGGAAAGGAAAACUGCUUUGCAACAAAGCAAGAAAUAAGCAAACUGAACUAAAAAAACACAAGCAGAAGCAAAACCAUUCCCCACCUCUGGAAAGAAGAGAGAAAACCAUUGAAUUUAUUACCUUAGAGUUAUUUUCCGAUUCUCAAGUGUUGUUUCGCCCUUCUCCUCAUUCCAUGCUGGUUCUUUUGCAUCUUUUGGGGUUCUGUUAACUCUUCCCCUUCCCUUCCUUAUCUUCUUCUCUGUGCACUUGUCCAACCUCUUGUUCUCUGAAGGUAUUUAAGAAUGGAUUUAAUUUCAAACAAAACAAAUGAUAUGUAUAUGGUUUCUCAUUUAUAAAAAAGCAGCCUGUAGGGUUUCAUAUGGAUGUGCAUUUAAGUUAUGUAUAUUAUUAUAUAUAACGAGGGGGGAGGGAGGGAACAAUACUGAAAUAAUUCAACAGUGCUGGUAAAUAUAAUGACGACAUUUUUAAAUUAUUAACUAUUUGAUUGACUGUGGUUGGUGUAUUUUGAGACUCUUAGAUCACACGUGGGACUCUCAGUCCUGCAAGAAGAGAACGGGGAAGGUUUCAGCUGCUGCUGUUUUAGGGGGGGAAGGGGAGAGGGUGAGAGACAGAUGUCCCGGCGGCUGAUCUGCAGUGUAUGGUGGUUGGAUGUGGAAGGUCAGUGGUGACUUGUAGGGGCAGGGAGGGAGGUUGAGGCUGCGGCUCUGGCAGCUGUAGGCAGGAUCAUCUCCCCGGCCCCCACCCAGAGCAUGGGAGUCAGCUGGGAGCAAGAUGGCAGCCACAGGACCGCGUUCAUCACUCCUCUCCAGCCCACUGAGCCAUGCUGGUGGUUGGGGUGGUUUUGCUUUGUUUCUGGAUCCCAGUAAUGAAGUUACUUGAGCUUUGUAGUAGGGUCGAAGGCAGAGAGGUUGUUCCUGACCUGCCUCCCCCACUGCCCAGGGUGUGAUGGCAGGGGCUGCCCGAGGCUGGUGGCAGCAAUGAGGGCUGGUGGCAGCAAUGGUGGGGCAAUGGCAACCCUUCCCCCAACCUGCCUGGGGAUGGGCACUGGAGAGACAGUGCUGUUUCCAUCAGUGCAGAGCGUCCCUGCCAUCCCAGGCUGGGCGAGAGAGCCCUCUGCAUAAGAAGGCACAUGUUGAGGAGAUGUCAGUGGAGCUGCCUUCCCCCAACUCAUCCCAGCUCAGCCUUUAGCCACAGGCUUCCCCUACGGCUGCCUUUGGAAGAGGAUCAUGGGCCAAGCCCAGGGCCUCGUACACUGUGAACCAGGCGGUUAGGGUAGACUUGGAACCAAAAUCAGAAAGGAAAGGAAAUAAACGGGUUUCCUUCUUGGAAUCGUCUCUAGCUCCUGUGGAAACAGAAGGGCCCACGAUUCUGCACCAUUUUGCCUUUAGUCUCCCACCUCUCACACAGACGGUGCCCAGAAAUAGGUGCGUUUUGCCAGGUCCUGCAACGUCUCGGAGGAUGACAGCGAGCAGGAGAGCCUGCACCACGCGGAUGUUGUGGGCAGACCCCGCUCACCGCCUUUGCUGUCCUAGCAGAGAGCCUGCUCCCUGGCAGCCACAAUUCACCAGUUGUUUGCUAGUAUGUCCCCGUGAAGUCUGUUCUCCUGGCAGAGAGGUUUCUCCUGCAAGCGUGAAAGGUGUGAGCACAGGCUGCUUGGGACACGGGCAGAGCUGCUGGCUAGCACCAUGCUGCCAGGUCAUGAGGGUCUCCCCAGCUUCCCUCUGAGCACCUUCAGCUACCUUUAGAGACCAGACCCCCAGCCAAAAAAAAGUUAAGGCAGUUGCAAAGAGGCUACUUUUUUAUCUUUUCUUUUUUCAAUACACCCAAACCAGCUGUAAUCAGCAGUGGCACUUUCAGAUAGCGAGGCAGGCUGGUGGCGGGCUCACGGUCUGCACACAGUGCUCAUGUUCAUCAGCACACUGAGUGGUUCAUAGUUGGAGGAGCUCACCUGGCUUUGGCACCUUGACAACCCACCAGAGGCUACUGUGAAACUAGAUACUUGCUUUUGACAUUGUGUAUAGUUCCAAAGUCGGUUACUGUUAAAAUUAGUGGCCUUACGGAGUUAGAUUUGAUGUGUGCUUGGACUGAAAGGAGUUAUGUUUGGAGUGAGCAGAUCCAGUCCCUGGCUUCCGCAGCGUGUCUAAUGGGUGGCAGUGUUUAAAAGCUUUGAAUAAAAAAAGAAAAAAAG